AUGAUGUCCUAUCCUACUCAAGUUAAAAUCACUGUUCCUAAUGGUAACCAUUGGAACCAGAAGACCGGUCUUUUCAUUAACAACGAGUUUGUUCCGUCUUCAACUGGCGAAACCAUUGAAGUAGAGGAUCCUGGUACUGGAAACAGCAUUUGCUCUGUGUACUUGGCAGAUAAAGAGGACAUCGACAAGGCUGUUGCUGCCGCCAAAGAAGCAUUUGACAAAGCAUGGACCCCUCUUAGUGGUAAGCAAAGAGGUGAUAUUCUCUACAAGUUAGCCGAACUCUUUCGAGAGAAUAGCUCGCAUUUGGCCGAUCUAGAAGCUCUUGAAUCAGGCAAAACCAAAAACAACAAUGCCAUAGGGGAUGUUCUUCAUUCAGCAGACGUCUACCAGUAUUAUGCUGGCUUAGCAGUCACCGCUAAAGAUGGGAAAACCAUUGAAACGGACCCUUCAAAGCUCACUUAUACUAUAACGGAACCUUAUGGAGUAUGCGCCGCUGUGAUUGCCUGGAACUUCCCAUGUUCUACCUUUGCUUGGAAAGUGGCUCCAUGUCUUGCUGCUGGAAACACUAUUGUGGUUAAGACAAGUGAAUUGACCCCAUUAUCAGCGCUCUACACGUGUGAAUUGUUCAAAGAGGCCGGAUUACCUGCCGGGUGUUUGAAUGUGACAUGUGGUUCGGGUAAGACUGCUGGAGCAGCUUUAACCGAACAUCUAGACGUGAUGAAAGUUUCAUUCACGGGUUCGACUGCCGUUGGUAGGCAGAUUCAAGUGGGUGCAUCCACAAACUUGAAAGCCUGCACUUUGGAGUGUGGCGGAAAAUCACCAUUGGUUGUUUACGAUGAUGCCGAUUUAGAGCAGGCUGUCAAGUGGGCAGCACUUGGUAUCUUCUUCAAUAAAGGAGAGAUAUGCACUGCAUCCUCCAGAAUUUACGUUCAAGAUAACAUUUACGACCAGUUCAUAUCCAAAUAUGCUAAACAUGUUGAAGAAAAUUACAUCCAAGGUAGCCAGUUCACGGAAGGUGUGAAUGUGGGUCCUCAAGUUUCUGCUGCCCAGAAACAGCGGGUGAUGAACUACAUCCAAUCUGGUAUCGAUGAAGGUGCCAGACUUGUAUUGGGCGGUAAGACCCCAGAAUCUCUCAGUUCAAGUAAGGGACAUUAUAUAGCCCCAACCAUAUUUGCUGACUGCAAUCAAAAGAUGAAGAUAGUGCAAGAAGAGAUAUUUGGACCAGUGGUUACCAUUUCUAAAUUUCAUACAGAUGAAGAAGCAAUUAAACUUUCCAACGAUUGCGUCUACGGACUUGCUGCAUAUGUUUUUACUAAGGACAUUAAGCGCUCGCAGAAUUAUAUUCGAGCCGUUCAAAGUGGCCAGGUGUGGGUGAAUAUUACGUUUGCAGCUGAUUUUAGAGUCCCUUUUGGAGGCUACAAAAUGUCUGGAGUGGGAAGAGAAUUGGGGGAGGCAGGCAUGGCAGCAUUCCAGCAGACGAAGGCCGUCCAUAUAAAUUUGUCAGGACAUUUGUAA